UUGGCUUCAGCGUCAAUCAAUAGAAAGGCCGAGCAGUGUUCGCUACGACCACACCGUGUGUUAAUUUAGUUCCAUCAGCUGUGGUGUUCAUUGUCGAAAAAAUUUACGGUAAAAUGUCCAAUCGAGCGGCGAAUAAGCCAACAGAGUGUCUAUUCGAAGUAGCCGACAACGACCUGAGAACUCUGAGCGACAUGUACAGAAACAACGAACAGAAUCCCUGCGUCACCAGCUUAAUAGACAACGGAUUCAGGAUACGCGAAAUGGUCAAAGGCUACCCCAUGAGGUUCGCCUCCCCGCUGGCCUCCUGGCGAGACACCGGCACCUUCAUAUCCUCCAUAGAGUUCGACAGGUGCGUGGAGGUGGGGGUGUACACGCUGCACCCGGACCGCCCGGAGGAGUCCGCCAACGCCGUCUUCUCCGGCCUGAUGUUCACCAAGCGCGUGAACUUCGACAGCGCCCGCCGGCCCGUCGUCUUCAAGGAGAUCCACGAGGGGCUGAUGCCGGUGGUGCGGCGCGUCAUCAAGCGGAAGCGCGCCAGGAUCGCCAAGGAGGAGCGCUGUCGCACCUUCAAAAUGAUCAAGGAGGAGGCGCUCCAAUUCGAAAUCAGCGUUCCGGACGAGGAGAACGUGGAGGUGAAGCCGCUGUCGGACGUCCACGCGUUCGCGGUGCUGGGCAACUGGCCGCACGGGCUGACCGGCGAGGACGUCCCGCGCACCCUGAUAGACGUGAACGGCGGCUACGGGGCGUUCACCGGCGACGGGCAGCUGGCGUCGUGGGCGCUGAAGACGAUGGCCGGCCAGGUGGGGUUCGUGCAGACGGCGGAGCGGUACCAGCGGCGCGGCUUCGCCUCGGCGGUGGUGAAGACGCUGUGCAAGGAGCUGGCCAGCGAGGGGGUGCACCCGUGCGCGGUGGUGCGCGCCGACGACGCGGCGUCGCACAAUUUCUUCGACAAUCUCGGGUUCAAGGCGGUGAACACCUGCUAUGAUGUGUACUUGAGGGCGAGGAGCGAGGACGAGGGCGCCGGGAGCAGCCGGACGUAGGGAAGCGCGGUGGAGGUUGCGAAACGGACGAAUAAAUUUUAAGACAAUAUUUUGAUACCUGCGGGUUUUUACACUAUUAGGGGAUUUCGAUGAUGCAUUUUUUUUUUGAAAUUUUUUUGAAAUUUUUAACUCGUGUUUACACUUCUGGUACGCACUCAACGCGCUUCUACUA